AUGAAAUUUAUCUUUACUACCUUCAUUUUAUAUACAUUUUUAUUCGGCAAGAAUUUUGCUCUUGACGUUGAAAAUUAUGCAGCUUAUAUUGAAGAACUUAGUUAUGAUGAAAAAUUUCUUGAUGAAUAUACCAAAUGGUCAUCAGAACUUUUUUCUCAAUCUGAUUAUAUCUAUGGUAAUUCUCAUGGAAAAUUUCCAUGUCCAAUAGACAAAUCUAAUGAAAAUAUUAGUAUUCCUACAUCAGUACAUACUCUUCGACCAAGUGAUGUAAAAUGUAUUGCUGCUAUGGGUGAUAGUUUAACAACUGGUAUUGCUGCUCAUGCUAUUACUCCAAUUGGUUUAUUAAUGGAAAAUAGAGGUAUAUCUUGGUCUAUUGGUGGUGAUUAUACAUAUUCAAAAAUGUUAUCUUUACCUAAUAUUUUACGACAAUACAAUCCAAAACUUGAAGGUUAUUCUACAAAAGUAUCGUUAAUGUUUCCUAAUAGUCAAAAUGGUACAAACAAUGGACUCAAUGUUGCUAAAUCAUGGGAUAGUUCAAGUCAAAUGGUGUAUCAAGCAGAACUUCUUAUUAAUCGGUUAAAACAUGACAAAUUAUGUGAUUGGGAUAAGGAUUGGAAAGUUAUUACAUUAUUUGUUGGUAGUAAUGAUUUAUGCAGUUUUUGCGAAGAUUCAAAUUCAACUAAACAUACACCAGAACAAUAUAUGCAUAAUAUUCGUGAUACAUUGAAUAAAUUAUAUAAUGCUUCAAUACCACGUACACUUAUAAAUCUUGUUCCUGUACUUAAUGUUCGUAAUGUUAAAGAUCUUAGUAAUGGUAAUUAUAUUUGUCAAAUACUUUAUAAAAAAACAUGUCCAUGUGCUGCUUUUCCAACAGCUGAACAAGCUAAAACAUUAGAAGAUUAUAUAAUACGUUAUCAUCAAUUACUUUUUGAUUUCAUUGGUUCUGGACGAUAUGAAGAUCGUGAUGAUUUUACUGUAGUUAUUCAACCAUUUAUGGUUAAAACUAAACUACCAUAUAAAGAUAAUCAUAAAAUUGAUUUUAGUUAUUUUGCACCAGAUUGUUUUCAUUUUAGUGGUAAAGGUCAUUCAUUAGCUGCACUUUCACUUUGGAAUAAUAUGCUUGAACCUGUUGGUGGUAAAAAAUCGUCAUGGCACAUAGGUGAAUCAUUAAAAUGUCCAACAAAAGAAUAUCCAUAUAUUUUUACAUGGAAAAAUUCUGCUAAAGCAUUAGAUGAAUUUAAACAUACAACUAUAGUUCAAACAACUAAUAGUAUAUCUACAACAAGUAGUGAUACUUCUAUUUAUGAUGUUAAUUCUACCAGUCAAUAUCAUCGUAAACAUAAAAAAACCAAAUUUGAUAUAUCUUCUAAUAAAAUGAAAUUUAUCACAGUAACUGGUUUCUUAUUUAUUAUCACCAUGAUUCUCAUUAUUGGUAUUGUUAGACGUCGAAAAGUUCGUGUAUUUAUUCCACGAAAUGAACGACAUGAUUUUAACGGUAUAGAUAAUUCACAAUAUCACGAUGACAAUGAUGAAGUAGAAGUUUGGAGUCGAACAAAUACAAAAUCAAAUUAUUUUAAAAAUAAUGAAACUAUUAAACAACAUGGUACACGUAUCUCUUUUGAAUAA